AUGGCAAAAAAACAUCGACUCUUUCGAACAACUUACGACACGAAUCGGACGUCUGCGGAUGAGAAGAUGUGGUCCGACACCAACUUUGACUAUCUUCGUCGCUUACUCUCCAACUCCAGCUACGAAGAAGAAGUCGAAGCCUUCUAUAUGGGCCUGGAGAAGUUCAACCGAGAAGAUCAUGCCUUCCCCAAUGUCCAAAAAGAACGCCUGAGGAACUUCACAGCGGGACCCACGAAGCCCUCUUCUCUACGCUGGACGUGGGAGUCACCCGGUGGAGGGUGUCAUGAUGAAAUUGACCACAUCAUCGUCAAUAAAAGAUUCUGCCUGACGGACGUCGCUGUUGUGCCAAACUUCUAUACGGGAUCGGACCAUCGCCUCCUCCGAGGAAGAUUUUCCUUCACAAGGAGAGAAAAGAAAGCAGCCAAGUUCAGAGAGCGAUAUCCCAGAACUAUCAUCAACUGGAAUCGCUUCGCUACGCUAGCCGGUUUUUGGGAAGAUUCCGCAAUGGACAACAUUGACGAGGAAUAUGACCGGCUCCUUAACACCUUCACGACUCCGCGAAGAAGGUUGAGAGUUUCAAAACCACCAAGAGACCUGGGAGAGGUGAUAAAGGAAGACCUUAAAGAGAGAAGAGCAGAAGUGCUGGCUGAAGCUGCAGAGGCGGGGAAAGGCAUCCGCUAUGCCCGUCGAGACUUCGUUUGUCGCAAGACGAGGAUGACUGCUCUCCGGAACCCGAAGGGAACAACCAUUGCAUCGAGAAGGGAAAUGGAGAAAAUCAUCUACGACUUCUACUCUGAUCUCGUCGACAGCCAUGUCCACUUGCCUCCUCACCAUCUGAGGGAAGACGGACAUGUCAUUCCAGAGGUUCUCCCGUCCGAAAUACGACAUGCUAUCAUGUCGGUAAGAAAUCGUACGGCACCCGGUCCCGACAGAAUAAGGCCAGAACACCUGAAGAACCUUCCGCCAGUACUCAUUAACACCCUGGCGAAGCUCUUUACACGUUACUUGUCGGAAUGCAAGGUUCCUAAACAGUGGAAGAUCAACAAGACCGUGUUGUUGUAUAAAAAGGGAGAUUCACAUGACAUCGACUACUAUCGUCCAAUCUGCUUACUGUCCGUCAUCUACAAGCUCCUUCCGAGAGUGAUCCUUAAUAGGACUGAGAAAGUGUUGGAUGAAGGACAGCCAUGCGAGCAAGCAGGGUUACGAAAAGGAUUCAGCACGACUGACCACAUUCACACUGGUUCGAAACUCAUCGAAAUAUCACGAGCGUACAAGAUGCUGCUCUGUCUCACCUUCAUCGAUUUGAAGUAG